AGAAAGCUAUCCAAAAGUCAAUCUAUAUCCACAUGUCCACCUUCUUCAUCAUAUAUUUUAUCUGUUCUGUGAUCAUGACCAAUUCAUGCACGUAAUAUUCACCAUCAACACAAAGUCUCUUGAGUCAUCGUCCUCCUCCCAAAAUGAACAAUCCUCAAUCACCCAUUCACACACCAAGACCAAAUCAAACAAACACCUUUCUUGAUGAAGAUAAUUUCAUCUUAAACAUGCAAUAAACAACUUAUCAUCAUCAUCAAAUCAUUUCCACCUUGCCUUAGGUCAUUAUCAAUGCAGAGAUCAGGGUACGGUAGCGACGGAAUAUACAGGUCACUAAGACCUCGUCUGGUUCUUCCAAAAGACCAAAAUCUCUCACUCGUCACCUUCCUCUUCAACAGCGUCUCCUCCUUCUCCAACAAACCUGCUCUCAUCGAUGCCGAUUCCUCCGAAACGCUCACCUUCUCGCAGCUCAAAUCUGUAGUAGCAAAGCUCGCCACCGGUUUCCUCCGCCUCGGACUCACCAAAACCGACGCCGUCCUCCUCCUCGCUCCCAACACCAUCUACUUCCCCAUCUGCUUCCUCGCCGCCACCGCCAUCGGCGCCGUCGUCUCCACCGCCAACCCCGUCUACACCGUCCCCGAAAUCUCCCGCCAAAUCAAAGACUCCAACCCGAAGCUCGUCAUCACUGUCCCGGAGUUAUGGGACAAGGUGAAAGCCUUCGAGUUCAAACUCCCCACCGUGAUAAUCGGUUCCAACGCCGCCACGAGCUCGAAGACCACGAGUUUGCGCGCGGUGAUGGAGCUUGCAGGGACGGUUACUGAGCAGCCGGAGGUUGGCGUGAAACAGGGGGACACGGCGGCGCUUCUGUAUUCCUCCGGGACGACGGGGGUGAGCAAGGGCGUGGUGCUGACACACGGGAACUUCAUCGCGUCGUCGUUGAUGGUGGCGAUGGAUGAUGACACGGAGGGGGAGGUUCCAGGCGUGUUUCUCUGCGUUUUGCCGAUGUUUCAUGUGUUUGGGCUUGCUAUCAUAACUUAUGCGGCGCUCCGGCGGGGGAGUGCGGUGGUGUCGAUGGGGAGGUUUGAGUUUGAGGCGUUGCUGAGGGCGGUGGAGAAGCAUAAGGUGACGAAUCUCUGGGUGGUUCCUCCGAUGGUGCUUGCUCUGGCGAAACAGAGUGUGGUUGGGAAGUAUGAUCUUUCGUCGUUGAAGUAUAUUGGGUCAGGUGCUGCUCCUCUUGGGAAAGAGUUGAUGGAGGAGUGUGCUAGGAAGUUACCUCAUGUUUCUGUUUGUCAGGGCUAUGGUAUGACAGAAACUUGUGGAGUUGCAUCUCUGGAGAAUCCAAGAGUAGGGACUCGUCAUACUGGCUCAACUGGAAUGCUGGCUUCUGGAGUAGAAGCUCAGAUAGUGAGUGUGGAGACACAGAAGCCGCUCCCUCCAAGACAGUCAGGAGAAUUAUGGGUACGGGGUCCUAACAUGAUGAAAGGUUAUCAUAACAAUCCAGAAGCCACAAAAUUGACUUUGGAUAAAAAGGGAUGGGUACAUACAGGAGAUGUUGGAUAUUUUGAUGAGGAUGGACAGCUCUAUGUUGUUGACCGUAUCAAAGAACUAAUCAAGUAUAAAGGUUUUCAGGUUGCACCAGCAGAACUUGAAGGGCUUCUAGUUUCUCAUCCUGAAAUACUAGAUGCUGCUGUCGUCCCAUAUCCGGAUGAUGAGGCUGGUGAAGUUCCAAUUGCCUAUGUUGUUCGUUCACCCAAUAGUUCACUGACUGAGAAACAAAUUCAGGAAUUUAUUGCUAGUCAGGUUGCACCUUUCAAAAAAUUGAGAAGGGUGACAUUCAUCAGCAGUGUUCCAAAGACAGCUUCAGGAAAACUUCUCAGAAGAGAGCUUAUUGCUAAAGCAAAAUCCAAAAUAUAAGAUAUUAAAAUUGUUUUGGUCAAUUUCUUUGAUAGAAUGCAAGUUUGGAGUGCAUGAUGUAGGAUUAAGCAAUAUGUGUUUGGGUAAACAACUUAAUUAAAUACUUAUGCUAAUAAGAGCUUAUCGCAUAAGCACUUAUACAA